AUGUCGUCAUUGGUGGCUGAUUUGAAACAUACCCAAGAGUUCCUCGAGGGACAGCGAAAGCUUUUGGCGCCUGAUCAGUUCCGGGUGAUCGUCGGUAAGCAGAGUUCUACUUGGUGCUCUCGCUUCAGGUCUUCAAAGAUCUCACCUUCAGAUUGCGCCACUGUUACUGGCAUCCUUGUAUCAGGGCCAUGGAAUGAAGAACAGAAGGGUGCGUUGGGCAACGCGCUUUCCGAGAGCAUGAUGGGUACUGAAGGACCUGCUCCGCGUCGACCUGCGCAGGAGCUUAAGAGCUUUCCAUGCUAUAUCACUCCCAACGAUGCCAAGGUCCUGAGAUCCGAUGUGCAUAACAUGGUGAAGUUGAGCUGCGUCGUGGAUCGCUGCGUCAACUUGUCCUUGCACCUUCCCAACACCGCCACAGUGAAGCACAUCGUUGGGUGCAUGGUGGAAGGCUUCGAGGGAUUGGGGCACAAGAUUCCUGUACGAAAGACGAAUUCCCAAGUUCGAGACCAAAGCGCGACGGGCGCCAUGAACACGAAUAUGGAGAGUUGGCAGCAGAUGAUGAUGCAGUGCAUGGCCAUGAUGCGAGGGCAGCUGCAGACGCAGGACACGCCUGCAGGCUUUCAAAUCUUUGACAAUCGGAGGAAAAGACAAAAGAUGCUGACUGGAGGGGAGAGUCCCGCGGAGGCUGCAUCUUCAGGGGCACACGCGAGCGCGCAGUUGGCCCUUCCAGCUCCAGCUGCACCAUCCAAGCCAGAAAUUGCCCUUCCAGCUGCACCGUCCAAGCCAGAAAUGGCCAUUCCAGCAGCUGUGCCCUCAGUUGAGGCCACUCCAGCAGGUGCAGCUGAAGAUCCAGAUCCGGCCAUGCUUUUGUCCAUGGAGGCUGUGAGGACGGCUUGCAAAGAAAGGGAAAAGGAAAAGAAGGCAGAGGCUGCCAAGGCAGCUGCUGAGGCUGAAGAGGCGGAGGGAGGUGGAGACAAGGCCAAGUCAAAAAAGACCCCCAAGAACAAGGCGGUCAAGCCAAAAGCCAAACCAGAAUUGAAGUCCAAGUCUGAAGAUGAUUUCAAGACGCCGCGGCGCGGUCGACCUGUGCCCAAGGAGCAGCCUGAGUCGGCUGAAAAGGCUGCGGUUCCCAAGAAAGGUGAUGGCACCUUCUUUUGGAAGGCCGGAAAAGUCCACAGAAACGAUACCUCAGGCCAUUGGCGAUGCUUCAAACAUCGCAGUGACAAAACCGACAAGAAGAUCAAGAUCGGCAAGACCGCGGACGAAGAGAAGGCAAGCUUUGUGCGCGCCUUGAAGUGGAUCGAGGAAGACUGA